AUGGAAGAGAGAACUUUUAAAGCUGUUGUUACCGACCAUACAAAGGUCACCGUUAUUGACAGAGAAUUUAGAGACCUCAGACCUAGAGAAGUUCUUGUUAAAAUGCACUCAAUGCCUAUCAAUCCUAAUGAUAGGUACAUUGUGUCCGGCUUUUUCAGCUUUGGAGCCAAAGGAGAGUACAAAGGCGUUGGGUUCGAAGGCGCAGGCGAAGUUAUCGAUACAGGAUCAGAAAUAGACAAGAAAUAUAUCGGCAAGAAAGUAGCCACCCUUGGAAAUCCCUUCACUGUUAACUAUCAAGGAAGCUGGAGACAGUAUCUUUAUUGAGAAUUUCAGGACUGAGCGGUCUAUCCAGAUGAAGCCGAUUACGACAAGAUGUGUUCCACUUUUAUAAACCCCAUUGCUUGACUCGCAAUGCUUGAUUUUAUCAAGAAAAAGGAUGCUAAAUGAAUUGUACAAGAUGCAGCAUGCUCAUCACUCGGAAAAAUGGUCUGAAGACAACUAACAAGAUUGGGAAUUAAAGUUAUCAACAUUGUUCGAAGAGAAGAGCAAGUUGAAAUUAUGAUGAAUGAGGGCGCUGAAUACGUUCUCAAUUCGUCUGCUUAUGACUUUGACUUAGAUCUAAAUUCAUACAUGAGAGAACUAAAGCCAGCUAUCUACUUUGCUGCUGUAGGAGGUAAACUUGUAGAAAAAGUGAUGUUUAAAAUGCCGCCAUCUUCCACAGUAGUAUUAUGGGGGAGUUUAGAGGACAAAGACAUUAGCUUUUCACCUAGUGUCUUCAUAUUUUCAAAGCUAACAAUCACAUACUUGACAAUGUUUGAAUGGCUAUAUAAUCUGACAAAGGAAGAGAAAGUCAAAUGAUUGGAAACAAUAAUCCAAGAUAUUUGAUCUGAUGAUUCAAUCUACGCUUCGAACGUCCUAAAGACUUUUAGCCUGGACGAUGUUGAAGAGGCUCUGAAAUAUUCUGUUGAACAUGCCAGUGAAGGAAAAGUUAUCCUAAAAGGCUUUACAUAA